UUGGAGGUUUCGUUUACAACAUUAACUGUGCAGAAGUAUUUCAGUUUCAGUUGGGUAGUUCUUGAGGAGAAUGACACAGAUUUCUUGGGUUUAUCAGGUGAAACAGAUGAUGAUUUUGCUCAAACUGUCAAUCUUGUUGCGGAGUACAAAUUCCCUCAAGUUCACAUAUCACAGUUCUAUCCUAGACCAGGGACACCUGCUGCCAGGAUGAAGAAAGUCCCAAGUAACAUAGUGAAGAAAAGGAGCCGUGAAUUGACUUCCGUUUUUGAAGCUUUCACUCCAUAUAAUGGAAUGGAGGGUAGAGUGGAAAGAAUAUGGAUAACUGAAAUAGCAACUGAUGGAAUUCACUUGGUUGGCCAUACAAAGGCAUAUGUUCAGGUGCUUGUAGUUGCUCCAGAAAGCAUGCUGGGUGCUUCAGCUAUUGUUAAGAUAACAUCUGUCGGAAGGUGGUCUGUUUUUGGAGAAGUGAUUCAGGCUCUCAACCAAAUGGAUGGAAAAACAGUUUCCGCUGAAAAAUUGCCUGGUGAGGACAAAUGUUCUCCCUGCUCCGAGCCAUGUGAAACUUGUGCUUGUGCAAAGGAAUCAGAGCCUUGUGAUUGUGGACCAGAAAGCUGUGGAGGACAGAAUGCUUUGGAAGAAAGUGCCAUUCCACAGAAUGAUAUGCUACUGGAUGAUCGAAAUAGAAGAAAUCUGAUUGGUUGGUUUUUAAGAAAGCGGAAAAAUCAAAUGCCCAGGAAGUUAGAGAAUGGGAUUGCUGUGGGAUCCAUGAAAAAGCAAGAAUGGAUCGGAGGAAACUCAAGUACGUGGAGCAUUGUCGGUAGGGCUCUUGUAGGAGGCAUGCUUGUCAGCUUAUUGUCAGUUGUAGCUCUAUUAAUACAUCUUAGUUUUAGGACUAUUUCAUCGAAGUGAAUUAGUUAUUUUGUAUUUUACUCAUCCAUUUUUGAAGGGGGCUCUUCAUGGAAGAUUAAAAACAUGCGAUGAGAUUUUGGUAGUAAAACAGAUUCUGAAAAGUUGUAUUUUCUUUCGACUUUUCCAGCAUGAUUGUGCUUUCGAUGCAGCUUUUUAGAAUUGUAUAUUGUAAUCUUUCUGCUUCUCCUGCAGUGAUUAUUUUAGUUAAA